UUACAUACUGAAUUUCAUUACGGAAUGUCAGUAUCUCAUGUUCUCCACCAUUCACUCCUUUCUCCAUCAAGCUCUUGCCGAACGAUCAGACUGAUGAUCUUGAUCUCCACCAUUCAUCCAAUUUCCCUCCUUGAGCUUAACUACCUUAACAACUAUUCAAACAUAUACAUUUACAUUACUACCCUUCUCAUUACAACACUGUCAACACACACACACACACAAUUCACCAGAACAUCAGAACAGACCAAAAACCUUUGAACAACACCUUCACAGCAGAACACCUGCAUCUCAUACUAUCGCCUCUUUUCAAUCAAUCGUCAACAUCUCACUCCAUCUAUAUUAUGCCACAUCCAUCUGUCUCUCUUCCACACAAUACAUAUCAAACUAAAAGAAAGCUAUUCACUGAUUGUGAUGAUGGCUUCAUUGUGUUUGAGUUCCUCAAUUGUUUUGCUCCUCCACUACCUGAAGUUCAUCAUCAUCAUCAUCUUUUCUCUGCUACAAAGUUCUCAGUUACGGUCAGCCAUGGCUGACUGCAAUUGCUUCUGUUCUAUCAUCACUUUCGGCGGCUCCAUGGCCGACAAUGGAAACUUACUGUACUACCUUCACUACCAAAGCGCUGUCGGCUACCCUCCAAAUGGAGAAACCUUCUUCGGUCAUCCUACCGGCCGUUUUUCUGAUGGCCGCAUCAUCAGUGAUUUUCUUGCUGAGUGGAUGGGGUUGCCAUUCUUGCCAGCAUACUUGAGAGGGCCAGAUGGGCAUGACUUUGAGAAGGGAGUGAAUUUUGCAUUUGGUGGCGCCACAGCACUGAACACCUCCUUCUUCAUAGACCAUGGACUUCCACUUCCUGUGAAGAAUAUCUCUCUGUAUGAUCAGAUAGGUUGGUUCAGAGAUAUGCUCCAUGACCAUUGUUCCUCUCAUUCAGAUUGUGGACAUAUGUUGAGUAGAACCCUUUUCAUUAUUGGUCCAGUUGGAGAAAAUGAUAUCCAUAUGCCACUUCUCCAGGGAACAACAGUUCACCAAAUUAAAACCAUUAUAUAUCCUGCUAUAAUUCAGUCAGUUGUUUCAGCGAUCGAGACGUUAAUUGAGUUGGGAGCAAGAACAAUUGUCGUUCCAAACCUUCACCCGGGGGGAUGUGUGCCUCUUAUUCUUUCUGCAUUUCAAAGUUCCGGACAAGAUUACUAUGACAAGAGAACAGGUUGCAUUAAGUGGUUGAAUGAGCUCACAGAGUUCUACAAUCAAUUGCUUCAGGUUGAGCUUCAACAAAUUCAACAUCUAUUCCACAAUAUCACCAUCUUCUUUGCAGAUAACUAUGGAUUCAUGAAUGAAAUUUUAGAGUCACCACAAAGCUAUGGAUUUGGAAGCCAACCUUUGUUAGCAUGCUGUGGUGGAAACGGUCCAUAUAACAUUGAAUCUGGUUUGAAAUGUGGGGAUAAAGGGUCAAAGACAUUUGGUGAUCCAUCCAGAUUUGUGUUUUGGGACGUGGUACAUCCUACUGAAGCUGUUAAUAAGAUAUUCGCUACUCGUUUGUUCAAUGCAUUGUGUGGUUUGCCUUUAACCACAAGUUCCUGGGAGGAAUGAUCUUCAACCUCAACCAGAGUCUUUUUUACCCGGAUUUGAAGAUUUCUUUAAUGAAAAUAUGUUUUUCAUGAGGGGUUUGGAUUGCUUGCGAGCACUCAAGUUUGGUGACAUGUUACUACCACUAUUUUUCAUUGGGUUUUGAAUUUGAGUUUUUUUUUUAAUGUUUCAUCUUUAAUUUUAAGUAGAGUCAAAUACUACUAAACUGUGAGCCUUUGAGAGUAUUAUAAAGAUUUUAUAUAAAUUUUAUUACUAA